UCUACGUGAUUUUCAUUUUACGAUUUUUUUUCUUUAUCUGUUCCUGCCGGAGUAAUUCGCCUUGCUGCUCGUUUUAUAUGUUUUUAUAGGGUUUAUAUAGAGUUGUUUUGACCGUACAUUUCAACGCUUAUCAUAUGAUUAGCACUGCACUUCUUCACUUGCUCACUUGUUAAUUAAAAAGGGUAUGCGAAGUGUUAAAGAAAUUAAUUCAUAGAAGCAUCUCAGGCCAUGGGCUUAACGAGACGACGGAUUACAUUGGUGCUGCAGAUUUUAUUUCUGAUUAUAGGAGUUACAGUCAGUUUUAGUUUUACAACAUCAACAACAAAAAAAGCAUCUGAAGCUCCAACUUGGGAUAAGUUUUUUGCUGGUACACUUGCACCAACGGCGAAAAAAGAUGAUUUUGGAAUGACUUACCCUAGAUCAGAACGUCCAACAUGGAAUAAAUUCUCUGCAGGAAAUGAACCUUCAUGGAUUACAUAUCCUGAAUCCGAAGGUCCAACAUGGAAUAAAUUUUCUGCAGCUACAACUGGGCUAACGCCGAUAAAAGACAAUCUAAGGAUCACAUUUCCUGCUGUAGAUGUACCAACAGUGAAAAACGAGGAUUCAGGGAAAGACUUUCCUAAUGAGCACAAAAGUAUUCCUUUAACGAUCUCUGCUACUGAUCCAGUAACUGAGGAUCAUAACCUUCAAGUCACAACACCAUCAGGAGAGUUGAAGAGAUGGAGAAAGGAUGGCAGGUGUGGAGAGGGACACCUCCAACCAGAUGGGCGAGAAGCAGAGUGUGAUCCAGACAGUCAGACCCCCUGCUGUGAUGCUUGGGGUUGGUGCGGGAGGAGAGAUGACCAGUGUUGCUGUCCCUACUGCAUCGACUACAGAGUCGUCAGAGAUAUACAACAAUCAGGGGAUUCGUGUACUGUGACAGCCAUUGGAGGGUUCCUUAAAAACGUGUGCACUGGAAAUGAAGCAGAAAACUGGUACUACUUCAAGUGUGCGCAUUCUAAUGUGAGCUAUAACAGCUACCUUGAGUACGAUAGCGGCUCCGCCAGUUAUACUCUCCGAAAUGUGUCCCUUGUUUGUGAAAACGACCCCUACUCAUAUCAGGCAUGUGGUUUUAACACGGGGACAACUAACACAGACGUGAUGUGCGGAGGUUACUUUUGUCAGAACGACAUAUCAGGCAAUGAGACAACUAGCAGUUUUGUAAAGUGUGAUAAAGAUUGCGGUUCUAGAGAAUGUCCCAUCUCAUCAACAGACGCUGACCCCACCACCGCCGCCAUUGAAACAACCUCCUCAAAACACUGUGAUGAUCACUGUGACCAAUGGUACUGUAAAGAUGAGGGUGACUGUAAUGGUUACAGAUAUGGGAUCUUCUGUGCUGUGUCCGAGAGACAAAUGUAUGUGCCUGCUCGUGCAGUGUGUGAUGGAUUCCCCAUCUGUGAUUUCUUGGAGGACGAACAAGACUGUAAUGUAACAGACACCACUCUGUCUUCUUGCUACCACUACGGACGUGUAUCCCAGAUGGAUGAUUACACCAUAGUCCCUAUAUUAAACUACACGAGAUGCACUGUGCUUGACGGAAAAGGUAACCAUCCGUAUUGUCUCGACUAUAUGGAUCAGACAAACUGCACGGAUAUUGAGAGAGUAGGAGGUUAUUGCCAUGUCAACGGGUUGCCGUCUAGUGUUUCCAAGUAUGUGGUAUGCCGAGACAACGACCCUGAUGGAAAUCUACCGGUUCGUGUAUGUGACAAUGGCUUAGAAAAUGUGUGCGUCUCACCGUCAGAUUCAGUACCUUGCAAGGUGCACAAACACAGGAUGUGUGAUGGGGUUGCUGACUGUCCUGAUGGCAGUGAUGAGUAUAAUGACAUGUGCAACACGAUGACUGCAGAUCACCACUGCAAACGCUCCUUUGGUAUAGCACGUGCAUUGCCCUACCCUGUUGCCUGGAUACUCGAUUUCGAGGUGGAUUGUAUUGAUGGGUUGGAUGAAGAUCCAGAGAAAUGGACAUUUUGUGGCAACAGAACUGACGGAACACUACGAGUAAAGACUGGAAAUGAAGAGCUUUGCGAAAAUGUGUUUCUCUGUCCUGGAGAAGCAACCCCAUUCGUUCAACUUGACCACCUUUGCGAUGGUAUUGAGUCUUGUAGAGUUGAAACCUCAGUUUGCCAGAUUGCUAUAGCACUGCCACUCGUUAACACAACUGUAUUGCAUCAGGGUGCAGUGAGAGAUUUAUGCCAGUCUAUUGAUCUCUCACAGAGUGAGUCAUGUGUUGUUAGGGAGUUCGUCAAACCCUCUGGUGCUGUGUUUGGAGCUGCAAGAAUGACAGUUCGAGUACCUCCAGCAAAAGUUGAUUGCAGAAAUGUCUUCGGAGAAGCUUAUGUAAUUUUGAGUUGUAUGAACCUCUGUCUCGAGUCGUCUUGCCCACUUGAAAACAAUCGUCUGAUUCACGAUUCGUGUCCAGACCAGUACCCCGGGAGAAUGUACACCCUGGCCAACAACUCUUACUUGACUUUUGUGACUAAAGAUCUAGAGGAAGGACAGUACGGACAGGAUUAUUUCCAGUGCGCUAAUACCAAAUGUAUCGAGUUUAGACAGGUUUGUGAUCUUGUUGAUGAUUGUGGAGACUUUUCUGACGAAAUAAAUUGCACGAACCAUAUGACCUGUGAAAAUACAGUGGGGUCGUUACAGAAACAGUUGGUAUCUGUAUCACAAACAUGUGACGGUAUACAUGAUUGUUACGACCUCUCUGACGAGUGUAAUGAACACUGUGGUACUAGAGAAAUACUAGGAAGCUGGGUCCUGAAAUGUGUUUGCUGGCUCAUGGGUAUCUUCGCAAUUCUCUUCAAUACUUUCGCUUUGGUAAAAGCCGCACUUUCCCUCAGAGACUCCCACUCAACAAGUCUUCUUAUACUUCACAGCAAGGUUCUCCUUAGUUUGAUAAGCAUAGGAGACUUCCUUGUGGGAGUAUAUUUGAUAUGGCUGUCUGUCUAUGACAGCAUAGUCUUUGGAAGUAGUUACUGUAGACACCAGGCUGAGUGGUUGACAAGUUCCACUUGCUCCACUUUGGGUGUUAUAAGCACGGUAGGGUUGCAGCUAUCCCUCUUUUCCAUGACAGCUUUGACCAUUGUGAGAUUUGUUGCCCUGUUCAGCCCUUCUAUGAGCAUAGCAAAGAGAAUAAACAAACAAACAAUUCUGAAGAUGCUUCCAACGAUGAUCGCCAUCAUUGCCGGAUCAUUCAUAGUGGCUUUGAUGCCUUUAGUACCUUCUCUGAAAGAUUACUUUGUCCAAGGCAUCUACUACGACCCUGCUUACAAAGUUUUUAUUGGCUUCCCUAACAAGGGGAAACACAUCAAAAUGCUCCAGGCUUAUUAUGACUCAGCAAACAUUACCCUCGACCUUACAUGGGAUGAAAUUGGUAGCUUGGUUGAUGGUAUGUUCAGUCGAACUUAUGGAGAUUUAUCUAGGAAGAAUGUGAAUUUCUACGGAAAUAAUGGCCUGUGCCUGCACAAAUACCUUGUUCCUAGUGUUGACUCUAAAAGGAGCCGGGAUUCUCUAGAAGGAGACGUCACACAUGGACAAGGAAACGAAAUGAUAUGGUUGAUGCUUCUCGUCAACUUUCUCUGCUUCGUUACAAUCGCUGUUCUCUACAUCUUGAUGAUCAUAAAAGACAAGCCAUCUUCUGUUGAAAGAGAUCAAGAUCAUGAAUUUGAUCAAGAAAAGCAGAGCAGGACGCUACAGAAGAGGAUCGCCGUGCUCAUCUCAACAGAUUUCCUGUGCUGGAUUCCCUUAAUUGUGGUAUGCACACUGCACAACCUACUUCUGAUUGAUGCUGGUGGCUGGUAUAUAACGUUUGCUAUGAUAGUGUUGCCGCUCAACUCCGUUAUAAACCCGCUCAUUCACGACAGCACAGUGCAGGGGUACCUGCAGAGGAAGUGGCAGUUUAUUAUGGGUAGUCCAAAAGGAAAAGAUUCGACAAAAGACACAGGAUUGGCCGAAGAAGACACUAAAGCAGAAGAAAAGAUUGGAAUGGAAACCAUUCAAAUUUGAGCUCAUAAACCUAUAUAAAGAGACACUGACGGAAAUACAUACAGGAUCUAUAAAUUUGAUCACGAUGCUUUGCUUCCCAGCCCAAUCGAAAUUAAGAAGCAGAUUUCAGAUUAAAUGACCUUUAUGCCAAUAUACUUCCACAUAUCAUGACAAUAAUUUUCUGGGCGUAUUUCUUAAUUUUGUAAUAUCCGGCUAAGAACAUUAUUUUUUAGUCGAAUUUUUUAAAUGUUGAGUGGUUGAAUUUUUUUUAGUGUUUUGUAACUUUCCUUUUAUUUAGCUUUGUGCACUGUUAAUCUAGGUAAGGAGUUCCACUUUCCAGUCUCUAUAUUAUAAUAAUAUUGAGUAUUUUUUAGAGAACUGUAAUUAUUUCUAUUAUUUACG